AUGACAGAGGAGGUAGCGUUUUCCCGUGGAACUGACUGCAGUGGAUCACAAAUCGCAAGCACGCAGCCAGAGAAGACCACCAGAGUUCUGGUCAGAGACCACGUAGAAAAGAAUUCAACUUCGAAGUUCCAACCUUUAAUUAAGCUGCCACUAUAAAUUCCAAGUCAGAGUCCAACGAAAACAAAGAGGGGCUGGAGAAUCGGAAUCGAGUUAUAAUGAAACCAAAUGGUGUUACACUCUGGUUAUGUUCGAUACUUUGUCUAGUUUUAUUAUGUGUUCAAUUUGAAGGGAGUGUGGGAUCCAAGACCAAGAGAACGGACGAGGCAUAUGUCACUCUUUUGUACGGAGAUGAGUUCUUGUUGGGCGUUCGAGUUCUCGGCAAAUCAAUUCGGAACACGGGAUCCAACAAGGACAUGGUUGUCUUGGUCUCCGAUGGUGUCUCUGAUUAUGCCAAAUCCCUUCUCCGAGCUGACGGGUGGAUAGUGGAGAUGAUUAGUUUACUGGCUAAUCCUAAUCGAGUGCGUCCAAAGAGGUUUUGGGGUGUCUACACAAAGCUCAAAAUAUUUAACAUGACUGACUACAAGAAAGUUGUUUACCUAGAUGCGGACACUAUUGUGGUUAAAAAUAUUGAUGAUCUUUUCAAGUGUGGAAAAUUCUGCGCAAAUUUAAAGCAUUCCGAGAGGUUGAAUUCGGGAGUCAUGGUGGUGGAGCCAUCUGAAACUCUUUUUAAUGACAUGAUGAGCAAAAUAAAAACUACCGCAUCUUACACUGGAGGCGAUCAAGGAUUUCUCAAUUCAUAUUACUCUGAAUUUCCCAAUGCACACGUCUUUGAGCCAAAUUUGUCCUCAGAGGUGUUGAGAUCCAGACCCGUUCCUGAAAUGGAGCGACUAUCAACACUGUAUAAUGCUGAUGUCGGUCUUUACAUGCUUGCUAACAAGUGGAUGGUUGAUGAGAAUGAACUCCGUGUGAUUCACUAUACACUGGGCCCCCUUAAGCCUUGGGACUGGUGGACGUCUUGGCUUUUGAAACCUGUUGAUGUCUGGCAGGAUGUAAGGGAACAGCUUGAGGAAUCCCUUCCUGGAACAGGAGGGGGCCAAAAUCCUAAAGACAGUUUUCUUGUGAAAUUUCUCUUUCUGCUACCUUUCUGUGCCUUACUGUUCUUCUGCUAUCAUUUAUUUACAAAGAAUCAAGGGUACUUCAGUUCAUCUUGUAGAAGCUCACUAUUUGAUCAAGUCAAACAUCUUUAUUAUAGGAUUAGAUCAAAUGGGCCACUUGCAUAUACUAGUAUUUCAACAGCAACAACCAAUUCAAUCCAUCAGCUCAUAAAUGGUGCUCAGUACAAGGUUCCUUCUUAUUUGGGUGGUGUUUCUGUCUGCGUCUGUUUUAUGGUUGCAGUGGUGUCUCUGGGACUUGCUCUCUUGAUUGUUCCUCGGCAAGUGAUGCCAUGGACUGGAUUGCUUUUGAUGUAUGAAUGGACAUUCACAAUUUUCUUUAUAUUAUUUGGAGGCUAUAUCCGUUUGGUUUAUCAGUGGGGAAAAAUAGUGGGAUCACGAGUAGCAUCCUCCUUGUCACAUCCUGAAUCAUCUGAUCAUGAUUCAGAAAAACUUCAUCAACGACAGAUGCCAUCUUGUGAUGUUGCCACAUGGUACUAUGGUUUAGGGAUGGCCUUGUUGGCCAUUGCAGCUCCAUCUUUGCCUUGUCUUUUUGGAAUAACUGCCUUGUUUGCUAGGUUAGGUUUGAUGGUUGUUGGGGGCAUAAUAUUGGCUUCUUUCAUGACAUACGCUUCUGAGCAUCUUGCUAUCCGAUCAUUUCUUAAAGGCUUUGAUGAGCGCGAUGUUGCUCGAAGUAAUGCCUCGUGUUUCUUAUGUUGAUUGUGACAGUACCAAGUGAUGUAAACUAUGGUCCAUAUUUCCUUCCUUUUUACUCAUUACAUUGUAACAUUGUUCUAGUUCUAGUGGGAAAUGUAUUUAAGGAAUUUUUGUCUAUCUUCUAACAAUGUAUUUUGCUGAGUUCCUGUUGUAAUAUUAUAGUUAUUCUUUCAACAGAUGACCUUGUUCUAUUUAAAUCACACAUGGAUUCAUAAAAUAGCUAUACACAGUUACAGUGUC